UCAAACCUAGAUCGGACGGCUACAGUUCCUCACCCCAAGAUCCAUCGGCUCACCCCGAACCAAUCCCCGCGGCUAUAUACAUCUGCGUCGUCUAAACCCUUCCCUCUCCAGCCGCACCCCGCCUCGCCGUCUCGCUCGCUCCCGCUUCGCCGCGCCGCCGCCGCCGCAAAAAUGCCGUUCAAGAGGUUCGUGGAGAUCGGGCGGGUGGCGCUGGUGAACUACGGCAAGGACUACGGCCGCCUCGUCGUCAUUGUCGACGUCGUCGACCAGAACAGGGCACUUGUGGAUGCCCCCGACAUGGUCCGUUGCCAGAUGAACUUCAAGCGGCUUUCCCUGACUGACAUCAAGAUUGACAUUAAACGUGUCCCAAAGAAGACUACAUUGAUUAAGGCAAUGGAGGAAGCUGAUGUGAAAAGCAAGUGGGAGAAGAGCUCGUGGGGCAAGAAGCUGAUUGUCCAGAAGAGGAGAGCAUCACUCAACGACUUUGACAGGUUCAAGGUCAUGUUGGCAAAGAUCAAGAGGGGUGGUGCUAUCAGACAGGAGCUUGCUAAGCUUAAAAAGGAGGUUGCUGCUGCUUAGAUUGCUUUGGUGGUUUAGAUUUUGGUCGGCUAUGUUUUGAUAUCUGAAAAAGGAACAUGUAAUGUGCGAGUUACUUCAACGGUUUAUCAGAGCUUGUCAAAAUGGUAAUUUUAAACAGGGCUUAUUUAGAAAUUUUGCCCAGAUGGCUUUUUCUGAUUCUGUGAUAGUUCGACAAUAUGAAGAUAUCUGGUGCCGUGCCUACUGUUUUA